UUUAACCAACUAUUUGUUUUUUUGACGCCCCUCAACAGUGUCGAAGCAAUUACGUUCAUUCGCGGUUCGUGUGUAUUGCGUAAAAUUAAUCUCAUUAGGUGACCUCGAGUAUCACAUAACCUAAAGACAGUGCGACAAGCUUGAAAAUUAAAAAAAAAAUAAAGGACCAUGCUCAUCAUUAAAUUAUAAUAAUUUAUUCAAUUUUCAUUGAAAAUAUGGUAUAUUGAAACAAGAACUGAUUAAAAAAUAAUUUAAGUAACACAAAAAAAAAACAAUACAUACAUAAGUAUUUAAAAGAAUGAACAAUCAAGCAUUUAGUUUGGCUGAGAAACUAAUACCAUCAACUUACGUACAACAAGGUUUAAAUGCCAAGAAAACGCGGGAAAAUCUCAUAAGAAGUUUUAUCGAACACCGAAAAUGGCCAGAAGAAGGAUGGGAUGAUCCGACAAUAGAAGCAUUUCUUUCGGAUUUAUCACAAAUGGACAGUAAUAAUUUUCCAUUAAACUGCAGUGUUGGUGAACGAGAAUCUCGUAUUGUAUCAAGUAUCGUAGCGAGACGGCAUUUUCGUAUGGGUCAUGGAAUCGGUCGAUCUGGUGAUCUUGAAGAAGUACAACCAAAAGCUGCAGGAAGUAGUCUAAUGUAUAAAUUGUCAAAUGCAUUAGUAUUAGAAGUUAUGCGAUAUAUGGGUGUUAAAAGUAUUGCUGGAUGUUUUUUAUCACCAAUGGCAACGGGCAUGAGCUUGGUACUGUGUAUGUUAACUUUAAAACUCGACAGACCACGAGCCAAGUACGUUCUCUGGCCUCGAAUUGAUCAAAAAUCAAGUUUCAAAUCAAUAAUAACAGCUGGACUAGAACCAAUUGUAAUUGAGAUGCAAAUUGUUGGAGAUGAAUUGAAAACUGAUAUGCAAAGAUUAGAAUCACAGAUGGCUGCACUUGGUGAAAGUAUUGCUUGUGUUCUUUCAACUACCAGCUGUUUUGCACCACGUUCUUGUGAUUCAGUUGAUCUCAUUGCUGCGUUAUGUACACAAUAUAAUAUUCCUCAUUUAGUUAACAAUGCAUAUGGAUUACAAAGUACUAGAUGUAUGCAUCUGAUUCAAGAAGCAUCGAGGAAAGGCCGAGUGGAUGCUUUCGUUCAAAGUACAGACAAAAAUUUUCUUGUUCCUGUUGGUGGUGCUAUUAUCGGUUCGUUUGAUAAAAAUCUUCUAGAUCGAAUUUCAAAGAUGUAUCCCGGUCGUGCGAAUGCCAGUUCUACAAUGGAUGUUAUGAUAACAUUGUUGAGUCUCGGUAUGACUGGAUACAAACAGUUGAUAGCACAGAGAAAAGAAAUGUAUGCUUAUUUGAAAGAAGAACUUGGAAAAGUUGCUACAAGACAUGGUGAAAGAUUAUUAGAUACUAAAGGCAACCCUAUUUCUAUGGGAAUGACUUUGCAGUGUCUUAGCCAUCAGCAUGAUCAUAAACAAGUAACUAUGUUGGGAUCUAUGUUAUUUCUUAGGAAUGUAAGUGGUGCCAGAGUUAUCACUACUACUGACAUUAAAAAUAUUGUCUCACAUAAAUUUGAAGGUUGGGGAGCGCACAAUAGCAAUUAUCCCAUACCAUAUUUAACGGCAGCAGCAGCAUUAGGAAUGAAACGAAGUGAUGUAGAUGCAUUUAUACAAAGAUUGGAUAAAGCUUUGACUAAAGUACGACGACGAUCAGCUCCAGUAACUCCAACUGCAUCACUCGCUGGUUCAAGCAUUAAUGGUGAUACUGGUAAUCCUGGUGGUCCAGGUGAAUCAAGUACGGCGUCUACCAGCCGUGCUAGCAGUAAAGAUUCUUUGCGUAAAUGAACCGUAAUCAACGCAACUGGCCAGUCAAAUCAGCAUAUUAAUAUCAAUUUAUAAGCAUCUUUGUUUACAAAUAGUAUUUAUAAAAUCAACUAACGUAAAAUCUUGUUGAAAUUAAAUAUGAUAAAUAAAAAGAUUUUAUAAAAAUGAUGUGCUGAUAUGUCUGCUCAAUUGCGUUGAGAUAUGCAUAAAUAAAAUUAAGUGAAAAAAGAAAAAAAUGUGAAUUAAAGUUAUUGCAAUAAGCAAAUUGCUGUAAGAAAAAAAGCGCUGGACGCAUUUUUUCUUUAUACUCAACCAAAGAUCAAUCACAUCUAUACGAAUUUAUUAUUUAAAUUUAUAAAAUAAUUUUAUUAUUAAGUUUUUUUUUUCUGCCGUUAUUCUAUCUUUUAAAAAUUUUAUUUCUAUUGUAAUUUCAAUAUAUGAUUGAACGUAUAACUGAUUAUAAAUUUUAAGAACAACAGAACUAUCAUCAAUAAGAACUAAAUUUAUGCAAACUGAGAAACAAAAUAUAAAAAAAAAACUAAACAAUUGAAUGAAUAUACGAUAAAAAAAAAUAGUGAGAAUGAUUUAAAUAUUAAGAUAGACAUUAAAAAAAAACUAUUUAAACACCAUUACUUUGUUCAUACGAUAUAAAUAUUUAAACACAUACUCCAAAUUAUAGACUUCGUGGUAUCGAUAAUUAUUAAAACAAUAUGGCUUUAUUAUAAAUAAUAAUUAGUAUAAUUUUUUUUUAACUUGAUUAAAUUUUCAUUAAAUGCUUGAUAAUAAACGAUAUAGAAAGAAGAAUUAAAAAGAAAUAUAAUGUAGAAACGGAUAAUAAGAAUUCUCAGUAUUCAAUACAGAAGUAAAUAAUUGCGCAUCGCAACUAGAUUUGAUGGAGUAAAUUAUAUAAAAAAGGAAAAAAAAUAAUGGAGUUAAGUAAUUGCAUGAAUUUAGGGGGUAAAUAAAAUAUAAAAAGAAAUGUUACAGCUCACAGAAUGAAGGCCUGGAGCCUCAACGAGACUUUAGAAAUGUUAUAAUCAAUAAAAUGUAGAUAUUAGUUAGUGAAUUUAAUUUAGCUUUACACGUUGAUAGUUAAUUGCGUUAAUCAUGCAUAAAAAUUUUACAUUUAAAGUUGAGCUUAUUUAAUGUAUAAUUAUUAUCUGUUAUUUUCAUAUAUUAUAUUCUUUUUCAAACAUUUUUAUUUAUUGUUAUAAAAUACUAUUUAUAGAUUCAAAUUUAUUUAUAGAAGUGGCUUGACAUUAAAGAAAAAUAAAAUAAACUAUAACAAAUGUUUGCAAUUAUUUCAUUGAAUAAUUAAAUGUAUUGGCAAACAGAGUUUAUGAUGCCUAUAAGACAAUUAAUAAUAAUUAUAUACAAUAAAUUAAUAAAGAAAUUAAUUAUUGACUAAAUACCAUAUACUCCUGUGUAAAUAAAAUAUAUAUUAAAUUAAACUAUUCAUUUUAAAUCAUCGACAAUAUUCUCGAGUUUUUUUGUUUUAACAUAUAUCUUUUUUUGCGAUAAAUAAAUAUAAACAAAAUAAAAAAAUAAUAAACACUUGAUCGUUGCUUUUUACAGUAAUUUUACAAUAACGGAGUAUUGUAUAUAAUAAAUGGUAUAAUGACACUUACGGAAAGUGAAUCAUUGUACUGACUUGAUCUCGGGCAUCCUUCAAUACGCCUAUUCUUUACGUAACUGGCCUGAGAAUACGUAAAGUAUAAUAAAUAAAUAAAAAUAAUUAAUUAAUAAUCCAUACGAAACAUUCCAUUAAUUAAAAAUACAAGAAAAUAACCAUACACAAAUUUUCUUGGAAUAGAAAAUUAAUAAUAAUAAAAUUAAAAAAAAAAAAAGGAAAAAAUAAUAAAAAAACUUUAUAUCAUUAUACCUAUAAUAGUAUAAUAAAGUAAUAAAAAAUUUGAAGCUAUAAAUUAUGUAAACGAAUUUCGAAAAUUCGAGUGAAAAUUUAAUAGAAAUAAAUAAAAAUAGAAAUUAAUGUAUACAUAAAUGUAGUUUUAAAUUAUUUCAUAUGAUUAUUAUCUAUAUUAUUAAGAGAAUAAGGAAAAUUUUGUUCUAGCCAUAUAUAUGGUAGAGUAAGUUAAUGUUGUUAAAUUUGGUAUCAUUAAAAAGGCCUUGAUUUGAAUUUGUGCCUUUUCAUGGUUUAAGCUCUUUUUUAUUCCCAGGUAUCAAGAUAAAUCAAUUAAUCUAUGUCAUUCGAAUUACAUUUAAAUCACGCGGGAUAA